CCGGAGCACUUCCUCUGCCGUGACUACCGUCUGAGAGGGGCAGAGGACAGGGCGCGCGCAGCACUGAGUCCAUCCAGUGCGCACCAGACACCAUGACUUUUGUACAUCACGAGGGACAAAGUUUGUUUGAUGUAGUAACGUGACUUCUGAGAAGGGUCCCACUGAAGACUGGACAGUUGACCGUCUCCACAGACCAACAGUGUUUUUCUGAGUGAGAACGUUACAUUCCCAAUCUGGUGGGGUGACAGUGGCAGAGCCGGAGCCAUGGAGGUGGCCCUGGUAGACUUUGAGAGUCUUGAGGACACUGAGAAUGAGGUGGACCACUUUGCAGAUGAGACCACCGCCCUCACUGCAGACCUGUCCCAGGACUCUAACAUCCCCCCCAGCAACUACCUCAGGCGGGCCUCUCUGUUCGCCGCCUCCGCCUCUCCCAGCCACCUGCCCUCAUGCUGCUGGGAGUCCAAUUCACCCUGCCCCCCUCCACAAGCCCACAGAGUCAGUAUCCCACACUCCCCAACACUGCCAACUCCCAGUCGACAGGGGCGCACCAGCUGUGCUAGCAUGCUAUCGAGCUGGAAGUUACUCCUCAGCAGUGAAGGCAAUAAGGAAAAUGAGAAGAUCUUCAGUCGACUUGCAAAAGAGUGUUGUGAGGAUCUAUUUGUUGAUAAACGUGGGCUUGAUGAUGGAGAUCAAAAAGUCAUCAUCAACAUAGCAGGGCUUCGUUUUGAGACUCAACUAAAAACACUAGAUCAGUUUCCAGAGACACUCCUGGGGGAUGCUCAAAAACGAAUGGAGUAUUUUGACCCAAUGAGGAAUGAGUAUUUUUUUGAUAGAAAUCGGCCAAGUUUUGAUGGGAUUUUGUACUACUAUCAAUCAGGAGGAAAGAUUCGGCGACCAGCCAAUGUUCCUCUGGACGUAUUUGCUGAUGAGAUCAUUUUCUACGAGCUUGGGACUGAGGCUAUGGAACAGUUCAGAGAAGAUGAAGGGUUUAUAAAGGAUGUGGAGGUUCCCUUGCCCACACAUGACAUUAAAAAACAGUUCUGGCUUUUGUUUGAGUACCCUGAAUCUUCUAAUGCCGCCCGAGGUGUAGCUCUUGUGUCACUUUUUGUUAUCAUCAUAUCAAUCAUUAUUUUCUGUAUGGAAACACUCCCAGAAUUCCGAGACGAGUUGGACCCAGUUGUUUCCACCACAGUACACCCUUUUAACAAAACCAGAAAUCAAAGUGGGGAGUCUCUAUUUGGAGGAAAAGCGACUCCUUUCAAUGACCCUUUCUUUAUAAUUGAGACAGCAUGCAUUGCUUGGUUCUUCUUUGAGCUCUGUGUGCGUUUUCUGGCAUGUCCGAGCAAGAGGGAAUUUUUCCACAACCUGAUGAAUACUAUUGAUGUCAUCUCCAUCAUUCCCUAUUUUAUAACAUUGAUAACAGAACUGGCAACUACACCAGCGGAGAGCACAGGACAGAAUAUGUCUUUGGCCAUUUUGCGAAUCAUCCGUCUUGUGAGGGUAUUUCGUAUAUUUAAGCUGUCCCGUCACUCAAAGGGCCUGCAGAUAUUGGGGCAAACUCUAAAAGCCAGUAUGCGAGAGCUUGGUUUGCUCAUCUUCUUUCUCUUCAUUGGAGUUAUCCUAUUCUCUAGUGCAAUAUACUUUGCAGAGGUGGACGAACCUAACACACAGUUUGUCAGCAUACCAGAUGGCUUUUGGUGGGCUGUUGUGACCAUGACCACUGUAGGUUAUGGAGACAUGUGUCCGAUAACUAUGGCUGGGAAAAUGGUUGGGACACUGUGUGCAAUAGCAGGUGUAUUGACAAUAGCUUUACCUGUUCCUGUCAUUGUCUCCAAUUUCAACUACUUCUACCACAGGGAGACAGAGGCUGAAGAGAAGACGCCCUUUUCAGAUGCGAUUGAGCAAGCAUUGAAAGGUGACCCUAAAAAACAGGCUGAUACUAACAAAGAAAAUAGCAACACCUCACUCAAUAAACUUAACGGCUUAUGGCCGAACAACAAAAAGAAAUAACAAAGGAAUGCCAGCUCAUUAUUAUAGGAACAAAGUUCAUAAGAAUGUUUGUUAACAAGUGAUCAAUGAACAAAAUGUAUUUAUGAUGACCAUGAUGACCAGACUUACCUCAAAAGAAUGCAUUUAAAUAGCCUAUUAUACUUCAGUGGUCGUUAUACUACUUUGGUCUUUAAUUCAAAUAAAAUAGCAGAACUAUUUAAGUGAGGUGGCAUGAUUCUGAUAACACUAGGAGGACCAAACUUUGUAUAAAGUACACUAACUAACUAUAUGACAUGGGUGAGGUGGUCUGUAAGACGCUAUGUCACUUAUUUUCAUUACUUCAUACAAUACCAAAGUAUUAUUUAUGAAUGCACAUUAAGGAGGAAGGCUAUAUGCUGCAAUACAUCAGCGUUUCCCUGUCUGUUGUAGCCUAAAAAACCUAUGUGAGUAUCUGUCCUGAUUUUUUUUUUAUUCACUGAUGUGCAACUCUAAAUAUUUUAAUUAACUGUUAUCAUGUUUGGGGUGUAGAACUCAAGACCUGAGGACAUGCAAACUUCACCCUUGAAAAAAUAUUAUUUUUGAACCUUUUGCUAUGCAAUAAUUUAAUGUUAUGAACUCACUGUUUGGUUUGAAUGACUAUGGUGGAACCUUUCCUAUAAUUGUUCGGGCAUUCAACCUCUACUUUAAACCUGCUAAUCCACCAGCCUGGUACUCCUGUCCACUGCUACCAGAUGGUCGCAAUGACAUUGUAACAAACAGCAGAAAAUUAAUCACUGAUUAAAAGUGAGAUCAACAUUUUCUGGAGCAAAUAAUAUGGCAACUUUACCUUUUUGCAUUAAGACGCGUACUACAUCUUGGAUCUCUUUUAUCUUCAUAUUUUGAUAACUGUAGCAAGGACUGAAGUCCAGUAAUGUGACUCGCUCCAAAGUUUGUGUUUCAAAGGAGUGCCUUAUUGGGAUGAUUUUGCCAUAAUCUCAAUAGCCUACCUGUUAUCAAUGUUGUCAGUAUUUUUUAUCAGGGCAAAUGUGGGAAGUGAAUGGACUUUUCUUUUCUUCAGCAUCUGCUACAGUAUAUGAAAUGGACAGCACCCAUAGUUUUAUGCUAUCAAAAAUGACUGGACAUUUGCAUUAUCUGUAUCUGUGUUUUUGAUGAUUUCCAUAGCUCACUUAAAGAAACUAUAUUCUAUUCUAAUACAAUCAUAUCUCUUAUUUCGUUUGUAAGAAUUGUUUGUGUACUAAAUGCCAUUGCUGUGCAAAACUAUCAAGCAGAAGAGAAAGCCUUGGUUGUUGUGUUCACGCUUUAAAUAAUUUUUUGACUUUACACUGUUCUUGAGUAUGUAUGUAAAUGUUUUCAGUAAAUGGUGCGCAAUUACAC